UCUACAAGCCAACUUACAUCCUGCCCAAGCACCGGCACCACCUAAAUGUAGACCUCGAAGAUAGACCCUCAACCUCCAAACAACAUUUCUUUAGACCCCUUUCCAUUAGAGCAAGUCGAACGAACAGCAACAACAUGACAUCAGCCGAUUCAGACCCCGAAGAUGCCAUCACCAAGGAAGAAAUCGCAGGGACAGCACCUAUCCCGGCAGACACAGCGGGCGCCGGUGUAAGUAAAGGCACGAAGCGCAAUGCAUUCACAGAACUCAUGUCGCCAAAGACCAAGACAGCAAAAGAAGAGCCCAAACACCCCCCAACAAAAUCCUUCAACAGGCGCGACGGCCUCGGCGCCUACACUCACGACCCGACCGCCUUUCCCACAAGCCGAGUCAUAUACUACGACGACGACUUCGUCGCCAUCAACGACAUGUACCCCAAAUCCACCGUCCACACGCUGCUGCUCCCGCGCUCGCCCCGCAGCCGCAUGCAUCCCUUCGACGCCUUCGAGGACGCCUCCUUCCUAGCCUCCGUACAAGCCGAAACGCAAAAGCUAAAGCGGCUAGUAGCCAAGGAACUACAACGACGGUACGGACGAUUCAGCGCCUUGGAUCGUGAGCGCGAGGCCGUGCUCAACGGGCAGAAGGAGUGGGAUGGCGACGAGCUACCCAAGGGUCGAGACUGGGAGACCGAGCUGCUGGUCGGCAUUCACGCCCACCCGUCUAUGAACGACCUACAUGUGCACGUCCUGGCGCCAGAUAUGGUGUCGGAGUGUAUGCGCCAUCGCAAGCACUACAAUAGUUUUAAUACGCCCUUCCUGAUCGACGUUGCCGACUUCCCGUUGCCGAAAAAUGAUCAUAGGAGACACCCCGACAAAGCCGGAUUUCUAAAUACUGACCUGAAGUGCUGGCGCUGCGGGAAGAACUUUGGGGCCAGUUUCAAACAGCUCAAAGAACAUCUUGCGGAAGAGUUCGAGGAGUGGAAGAGAAUCUAGGUGAACAAGAGUCUUGUUCGGUUUGCAGAAUAAUUUAGAAUUUCCAAAGAGAUCCUCAAGUAAUGCUAGAAGAGAUCAUAGGAGAUAGGGCUUAUGAGUUCGUUGCUUACGCCCUUUAAUACGAAGCACAUCGCGGCAUUGACACGAGUGCGCAGAUCAAAUAAUAUGCUUUACUACC